UACAAUGUGUAGACUGAAACCAACUCGGGCACUUUCAUUCCCUUCUUGGAGAGGCAGAGAGAGGAAGUCAGGCUGCCUUUGAGGUAAGGGAAGACCAUGAUGGCAGUCAUACCUGCUUCCUGACAACACAAAGAGUCACACAGAAAGAUCAUGGGGAGAUCUGCAUUUUAAAGAAAGUGAAUAUUUUGGACUACUUUUUGUCAAGCUGUCCAGUCGACAAAACAGAUGGGAAUUGGUGCUAUUGAUCCUUUCAUCUGGAAAAAUGCACUGAAUGGGAGAUUCUGCCUAAUAUGGCCAAUUGUGACCUUUACCUCUACUGGAAUGGACCUGAGUUCAUGACUUUGUUACCAUGGUGAUGAUCUUAACUACUACAACUCUGGAAAACAAAGGUGCUGAUUCUCUAUCAUGCAGGACUGAACUGCACACUCCAAAGAAGAUGAGUCAAGGAUCCACACUCUUCUCAUGUGGAAUGAUGGAAAAUCACAGAUGGAGAGACCUCAACAGGAAAUAUACCCUUCAGGUCGAACAGCCAAGUGCCAAUAUUUGGGACUGCUUGCCUGACAAAAGUGAUGAAAGCUCCUUAUGGCAGAGAGAGCCAGCUAACGCAUGCUCAGUAACCAACUUGAUCAAGGAUCUCAGCCUUAGUGACCGCAAUGGCAACCCUUCAGCACCUCCCAGCAAACGCCAGUGCCGAUCACUCUCUUUUUCCGAUGAGAUGUCUAGUUGCCGGGCUUCAUGGAGGCCCAUAGGAUCAAAGGUCUGGACUCCUGUAGAAAAGAGACGCUGCUACAGCGGGGGUAGUGUGCAGCGUUACUCCAAUGGAUUCACAACCAUGCAGAGAAGUUCAAGCUUUAGCCUUCCUUCCAGGUCAAGUACUCUCUCCUCAUCAUAUGACCAGAUGGGAUUUAGCAAUAGAUUUGGGUGUCAGCCAUGCCAAGGAAUGCGAAAGUCAGCCACUUAUGGACAGACAAGUGAUAUUUGGGGUAAUGAUCAUAGCUCUUCUGAGAGUGGCAGGAUUGACAUCCAGCGAUCUCUCUCUUGUUCCCAUGAUCAAAUUUCCUUUUCGGAAUAUUGUCUGCCCUCAGCAAAUAGCACACCUGCCUCAACACCAGAGUUGACAAGGCGCUCCAAUGGGCUUUCUCGAAGUCGGUCUCAACCAUGUGUCCUAAAUGACAAGAAAGUUGGAAUUAAGCGAAGACGACCUGAAGAGGUAAAGGAACAAAGACCUUCAUUGGACCUUGUCAAAAUGACACAGAACUGUCAAACCUUUAACAGUCUUAGCACCACAGUCGAUGACUGCCCUCAGCAGAACCAGUUCUCCCUUGGCACCAGCAGCAAUAACUCAUGGGCCACCAACGUGGACGUCAUGCCUGGCAGGACACCAGCCUGCACCCCUGUUCCAGAGCCUCAUUCAAAUUCAGAAGAACAUCAUCCUAAUCAGGAAGAAGAUUUCUCCUACGAAGAUUCAGAUUUCUGUGCUGCAGAAGAUGAGAAUAGUAGGAGAGAAGUUGAAAACUCCUCAUGGAGGAACAGCGGGACUGGUGGGGAUAACAUCUUUCAGUUGGGUGGUGAAUUAGAUAUUGAGCAAAUAGAAAACAAUUGAGAGCACUAAGGGGAAAGGAUCUGCCUGCACCAAGGCUUUUAGCAGUGGCAAACUCACACAUGUUAAUGCAAACCAGAGGAGAAAAAUCCACAUUUCCCUUCUCCUUGGCAGGUGAACCAGAACAAAAAGCAUUGCCAAAUUUUGGUUAGCUUUUUGGGGGGAACUUAUUAGAACUACUGUAGCUUUUCAUAGGAAAAACUUCCAAUGUUAACAUCAACAUAUUUAAAAGAAAAAGAAAGCUCUGUGGAUAUAUCAAAACUUGAAAGGAAAGGCCAAAAACUCCGGGUCAUUUUUUUUCAAAGUAGGUUAAUUUGCUGCCUAGAGAGUCAGCAGGUCCAUCUUCUAAUGGGAAUGGCAUUUGGUAAUAUAAAUAAGCUUUUUCUUUUCUUUUCUUUUUUUUUGCUGUUGGCUGAUAUAACCUCGGCUGUCCUUAUCAAAGGAGCAAAAAGUGGAGAUUAGUAUUAGUAUUUGAAUUCAUUUUCUGUUGUUGUUUUUAGAUCACCUAUCCAUAGAUCUUAUAAAAUCUCACAAGUCAAAUUUCUCAUAAUAUAUGUAUAAUCCUAAUUCCCAGAAUCACAGUAGUUUGUUAUGGUCUACUAAACACACGCAUACCAAUAACAUUAUGAAAGGAAAGCACAAUGGAUUUUUAUCCAUAUUAGUAAAAGAGAUCUGUGCUUAUUAAAAGGCCUCCUUAUCCAAAUCAAACAUACAGGUAUCAUUUGCAAUGUGCUCUUACUCAUCUUCACCUGGAUCAGAUUUAAUGGGUUGGAUGCACAUUUUGAUACAUGACCUCUAGUUCAUGGUUGCUAUUAAUUUAUCUGCAAGAAGUGGCCAGAGGCUUUGUCUGUAGAAGUGAAAUAUUGAGAAUAUUUUUGCACUCAUGAUAUUUUAGUUAAAUUUCAAGGAAUAAUGAAAUUAAAUUGGUGAUACUAUAACCUGUGAACAAAAAUGAUUCUUUAGAUUUAGUAGUUGGCAUCUGAAAAGGGAUCAUGGCUCUUAUCUGGCAUGAAGUCUCUUAAACUUGGGGUUUGUACCAUUUGUCAUCCUUGGUAUAUAGCCUAUCACAUUCAUCAGUAGAAAGCAAUUAAAGAUAAAUCUUGUUUUUCAGUCAUUACUCAGUAUUUAGGUAUUUUCAUCACAUGAAAAGAUGAAAAUAAUAUAGCGUAUACAGUAAUGUGUUACUUCUAGCUUCAGUGAACAACAGUAGUCCAAUAGUGAGCACACAUGGCACUGUUGAGUGACCUGUGUCUGAUUACACGUGACACUUUCUGCCACUGCAACCAUGGGAGAUAAGGAUGAAUAUAAUAAGAGAAAAAGGAAAUGCAUCCAACAGAAACCCACUUCCCUGUUUCCUUAAUUUGCUGUAGAAGAAAGUAAACCUAGUGCAAAAUACAGGCAACCAAAUCUUGGAGAGUAUAUUAUUAUUGUCAAAAAAAGAUCUGAGUGCAUUAUUCAGCAUUUCCAUUGAGUUAUGCGACAUAAGGCACUGCUGUAUAUGAGCACUGGGAACCCUAGCUGUAGUUUCUAAAAGAUACUUCCUCUAGUUUCCUUAUAUUCCCCUUUCUUUUUAAUAAUCCCAAAAAGUCUUGACCAAUGUUUCUCAACCUCAGUAACUUUAAGAAGUGUGGACUUUA